AUGGAAGAUGAUCCACGGCAAAUUACCGUGGGAGGGGCGCGUUCGCACCCGAGAACAAGACCUUGGAAGGUGAGGCUAACCAAUCCCACAUCGGGUAAUCUAAAUCGGAUCAUUAAGGAAGCUUCCAAAGAAGGUUUUCUUAAGGGCCGACCGGAUAGCUCAACUUCGGCAGGCAACUUCAUAGUGCAGACGGUCCACAAGUAUCCCGGCCAGGGAUCCAUUAACUCCGCCGGAGCGUUGACUAACGUCGCGCUUGCGGUGCUAUUGGGAUAUAUCAAUCUGAUGAUCGACCCCGAAGCCUCGAAGAUUGCUCUGACAGCUGACUUUCCUAACAUCACCAUCGCAGGAAAUGUUGCGAACCGGGUGUUCCCAAGUCAGCAGUUCAAGGAAGAGGUACCCUCCAUCCCUAACCCGUACCGCACACUAUUGUUUAAGUAUUACGGACUUUCAUUGCCCUUCUCGGAUGAGACAGCUGCUGCCCUGAUGGUCGACCCAGCACUCUCGGUCAAUCAGACUUCAGUGUUGCGAGACGUUGACAUCUCAUAUGGAAGUCCCAGCUACGGAAACAUCCAUGUGUACCAGAAGACGGUUGCCCCUCCGGGUAUUCAGCAGGUGAGCCUUGUGUUCGAGGUUGAUGCGGAGAAGCUCAGGCAGCACAUCAAACAUGCUCCGUAG